AUGACGCACGAAAUGCACUGUUUGAAUCAUCAGAAUAUUCAACGACAUGUAAAGGCUGCAAUAAUCAACCUUUAUAAGGCUAUUCUGCACUAUUCCGCACAGAUUUGGAAUGCCCAACAGCCGGGCAUCGGAAGAAAUCUCUCAGACUGUUUCACUACCAUUACUGGGCAUCCACUUACGGAGCUUAAGAUCUCAGUUGAAAAAGAAAGAGAUAGUCUGCGCCGGUGGAUCGAGCUUGGUGGAUACUUACACCAUGAAAAUGAGGCAGAAAAUAUCCUUCUUAAAAUCGAUGAGCUUGGCGAAUCCCUGAAGCUUCUUCUGCAACAGUCCAGCCUUAUGCAUCUACGUGUUGUAGAGGGGGCAUUAUAUAACUCUCAUAUUCAUGAGCAUGAGGACUUUUGCCUUCCAGGGACUAGAGUCGAGCUCCUUUCCCGUAUCACUGACUGGGCCAAGAGCGAUGAUAAGUUCAUAUUUUGGUUGAGUGGGAUGGCAGGGACUGGGAAGUCUACCAUUGCACGUACAGUUGCACAAGGGUUCAAAGACCAAGGACUACUUGGUGCGAGCUUUUUUUUCAAGCGGGGCGAAGCUGACCGUGGUACUGCAACAUACUUGUUCACCAGCAUCGCAGGACAGCUGGUAAAUAGACACAGGAAACUGGUGCCUGACGUUUUAAGCGCCAUCAAGGCUGAUCCGGGAAUUACAUCGAAAUUUCUGAGAGAUCAAUUUGACCAGCUUCUCUUACAGCCUCUUUUGAACCUGCAAUUAGACCAAUCUACCACAAUUGUGAUCGUUAUUGACGCCUUGGACGAAUGUGAUGGGGAUAAUGAUAUAAAGCUUAUCAUUCAUCUUUUGUUCAAAUUCCAAGAAAUCAAGUCAGUUCGCUUACGCGUGGUCUUAACGAGCAGGCCUGAACUGCCAAUUCGUAUUGGGUUCAAAGAGGAAGAGAACCACCAGGAACUCAUUCUUCACGAAAUUCCCACUCCAGUCCUCGAACACGAUAUUCGCCGAUUCCUGGAAUACAGGCUGACAGAGAUACGCAACAAACGCUCACUCUCCCCGGAUUGGCCCGGGCAUGACAAGAUUGAAAAGUUGGUGAAGAUGGCUGUCCCCCUGUUCAUUUUUGCAUCCACGGCAUGCCUCUCUAUCGGAAAAGGACUGCAUCCUCACAAACAGCUUCAGAAGUACCUUGAUAUUGAAACCACAAGUGCAACUCAGUUGGAGAAAACAUAUCUGCCAGCUUUACGUCAACUGAUGAGAGACGAUGAAGAUGAGUUAAAUGAUAACCUAGAAGAAUUUCGAGUGAUUGUUGGAGCCAUUAUCCUCCUGGCUACCCCACUCUCAGUUAACUCUCUUGCCUUGCUUCUACAAAAACCGCCACAUGAGAUCAGCGAUCUUUUGGGCUUCCUACAUUCAGUACUCAACAUACCAAGGAGCAACAGCAACCCAGUUCGCAUGCUGCACCUAUCGUUUCGAGAUUUCCUACUUGGCACAAAAACUGAAUUCCGGAUUGAUGGGGGAAGUACACAUCGGCAGAUAGCCUUAAAUUGUCUCCGUGUCAUGGAUACUCAGCUCAGGCACAAUAUCUGUGACCUAGCAAGUUACGGAGUACAGUACAAGGAUAUCGAUCCUCAGAUCAUCCAAGACCGCCUCCCGGCUGAUCUGCAAUACUCCUGUUAUUAUUGGGUACAUCAUUUGAAACAUAGCCAGGGUGGUAUUUCUGAACCUGAUAUUCUCUCUUUCCUUCAAAAGCGGUUCCUUCACUGGUUGGAGGCACUAGCUUUAAUGGGAAAAAUAUCCGAGGUAGCAGGAAUGAUCAAGACAUUGGAAUCAAGUAAAUGGAAGAAAGCGGAUUCUGCUCUUGCGGAAUUUUUAUGUGAUGCGAGAAGAUUCACUCUUCAAAAUGCUUAUAUGGCUGGCAUCGCUCCACUGCAACUCUACUGUUCCGGGCUAUUGUUUGCACCGGCACAAAGUGUCAUCAAGGGAAUAUUUCUUGGUGAAAUAUCAAAGCGGAUACAGCCACUACAAACGGUGAUGAAUUCGUGGGGCUCAACAUUGCAGACGCUAGAGGGCCAUUCAGGCUGGGUUCGUUCUGUGGCCUUCUCGCCCGACGGGCUCACCCUAGCAUCGGGCUCGGACGACAACACUAUUAAGCUCUGGGAUACGGCGACCGGCACUCAGCGGCAGACGCUAGAGGGCCAUUCAGGCUCGGUUGGUUCUGUGGCCUUCUCGCCCGACGGGCUCACCCUGGCAUCGGGCUCGGACGACAACACUAUUAAGCUCUGGGAUACGGCGACCGGCACUCAGCGGCAGACGCUAAAGGGCCAUUCAGACUGGGUUCGUUCUGUGGCCUUCUCGCCCGACGGGCUCACCCUGGCAUCGGGCUCGGAGGACAACACUAUUAAGCUCUGGGAUACGGCGACCGGCACUCAGCGGCAGACGCUAGAGGGCCAUUCAGGCUGGGUUCGUUCAGUGGCCUUCUCGCCCGACGGGCUCAACCUGGCAUCGGGCUCGGACGACAACACUAUUAAGCUCUGGGAUAUGGCGACCGGCACUCAGCGGCAGACGCUAGAGGGCCAUUCAGGCUGGGUUCGUUCUGUGGCCUUCUCGCCCGACGGGCUCACCCUGGCAUCGGGCUCGGUCGACAACACUAUUAAGCUCUGGGAUAUGGCGACCGGCACUCAGCGGCAGACGCUAGAGGGCCAUUCAGACUGGGUUCGUUCUGUGGCCUUCUCGCCCGACGGGCUCACCCUGGCAUCGGGCUCGGUCGACAACACUAUUAAGCUCUGGGAUACGGCGACCGGCACUCAGCGGCAGACGCUAGAGGGCCAUUCAGGCUCGGUUCGUUCUGUGGCCUUCUCGCCCGACGGGCUCACCCUGGCAUCGGGCUCGGACGACAACACUAUUAAGCUCUGGGAUACGGCGACCGGCACUCAGCGGCAGACGCUAAAGGGCCAUUCAGGCUCGGUUGGUUCUGUGGCCUUCUCGCCCGACGGGCUCACCCUAGCAUCGGGCUCGGACGACAACACUAUUAAGCUCUGGGAUACGGCGACCGGCACUCAGCGGCAGACGCUAGAGGGCCAUUCAGCCUGGGUUCAUUCAGUGGCCUCCUCGCCCAAUACAGCUCCCGAGAAAACUUAUGGCGAUGCCCAGAUAUCAUUAUCAAAGACCUGGAUUAGUUUGGGAGGUGAAAAUCUACUAUGGCUCCCUGUAGAGUUUCGUUCUUUUACAUGCCAGGCCGUUAAGGAUGCCACACUUGCACUUGGGUAUCAAGAUGGGCGGGUCUUGGUUACAAAAUUCUAUACGUAUACCAUAUAA